GUGCCGGCCAAUGGGAGGUGCGCUAGGGCUGCUUCCGGCUCCGCGCUCCGCUCGCCCCCUCCCAAGGUCUCCCCGCGACUGGCGGGACGCAGGGGCGGGCGUCGGCCGCGGUGACGCGCAGCGGGCCUGGAGCCAAUAAGGGGCGGGCUCGGUGCUGAUGGACGGUGCUGGUGGCCAGUGGAAAGGCGCUGGCCGCACUUCCCGUCGGGGAGAGAGUGUAAUAUGGCGAAGACCUACGAUUACCUGUUCAAGCUGCUGCUGAUCGGGGACUCGGGGGUGGGGAAGACCUGUGUCCUGUUCCGCUUCUCCGAGGACGCCUUCAACUCCACUUUUAUCUCCACCAUAGGAAUUGACUUUAAAAUUAGGACCAUAGAGCUCGAUGGCAAGAGAAUUAAAUUGCAGAUAUGGGACACGGCCGGUCAGGAGCGGUUUCGGACGAUCACAACGGCCUACUACAGGGGCGCGAUGGGCAUCAUGCUGGUCUACGACAUCACCAAUGAGAAGUCCUUCGACAACAUCCGGAACUGGAUUCGCAACAUUGAGGAGCACGCCUCUGCAGACGUCGAAAAGAUGAUACUCGGGAACAAGUGUGAUGUGAAUGACAAGAGACAAGUUUCCAAGGAACGGGGAGAAAAGCUGGCCCUCGACUAUGGAAUCAAGUUCAUGGAGACCAGCGCGAAGGCCAACAUCAACGUGGAAAAUGCAUUUUUCACUCUCGCCAGAGACAUCAAAGCAAAAAUGGACAAAAAAUUGGAAGGCAAUAGCCCCCAGGGGAGCAACCAGGGAGUCAAAAUCACACCAGACCAGCAGAAAAGGAGCAGCUUUUUCCGAUGUGUUCUUCUGUGAGGAACACCGCCUUACUCUGAGCCUCGCUCGGCCCAGCUGACUGUGCCUGUUCUGAGUGAGCCCUUCACUCAGCCGGGGCCCUCCCACCUCCAAUGCCCCGCCCAUGCCGCGGCCACCAGGCCCACGGCCACCAGAAUGCAAUUGAGAAAUCGUUUAUUUUAGUAACUGUCUGAUCUUUUUCAACUUUGGAGAUGGAAUAAGUUAAAAAUUUGCUAUUUUUCCUGUAACGUCUGCUGAACGGGCCCACCCACACGUUGUAUAUCCAGAGAGAGAGAGGGAGUCAAGGUGCGACCGUUGACCAUAGCCAGUGUCAGGCCUCUGCGUCUGGGCCUUUGCUUUGUGGCCUCACUGCAACACAAAGCUCCACCAGGAGGCUGGUUCACGUCCCCCACCACGGAAGCGAGGUCCCAGAAGGCCAGCAGUGGUUCCAGGAGCAACAGGUCCCAAACCCUGAGCAAGGCAACCCAUCGCCAGGCCCGGGAAGCAUCACCCAGGAGAUUUUGGCGCCCACUUCCACCUCUUCUCUCAGUUUUGGACAAGUGACAAACCAUUUUGCCCCCUCACUCUUCUUUUUUAACUGUUAAACCAAAGGAAAGCACAAAUGAAGGAAAUCCUUGUAAAGCGUUGAGAAGGAAAGAAGCCUGGAGCAGUCUCUCCUGUCCACAGCCAGGGGUUAGGUCCGCAGGCCCAUCUGCGGUCCCCAUUGAGCAUCAAGGGGACGCCGUGUGUGCUACAAGUGACCCCGAAAACAGCCACAGCCGUCACAUGGUCCUCCUGAAGUUGGGGCACCCUCCUCUCAGCACCAAAAUGGCCCCCACUCCUUCAUGUCCUCCUGCUGUCUCCAAAUCGGACGUUCUUUCUAGCUGAGAUUUUUAUUUUUCCACAUCUGUAGUGCCAUGAAGCAGUUCUGUCUUUGACUUCCAAUGGCAAACCUGGGUGAUCGGGUAUAAGCACGUUGUACCCUUGGCUGGACAUGGCCAAGACACGAGGCAUUCCACGGUGGCAGGCUGACCGCACAGCAGUCUGGCUUGAUUUUCAGCCGUCAUCAUUGGGUUCUGUUUUGACAGCUCUGCUGUCCCGUAGGGACUGCGAUUGGGACCAGGUCAACCAAGCCAGAGGGGUGUCACCAGCCUUUUCUUUUUUUCUUUUUUUUUUUUUUUUUCCUCCUUAAGCUGCUGUCGAUCCAAACCAUUGGCAUCAUCGUUUCUUUUGAAUUAAACCAACAUAUCAGCAAUAGUCUGCUCUCCCCGGGAAUCUCUAACAUGCUCUGUUUACAUCGAUAAAUGCACUUAAGGAAAACCAACAAAUUAAAGCUCAUCUUAAAGUCCAA